AAGAUCAGAAGAUCUGGGUAUUCGGCGGAUCAAUUGUGGCGUUGGAUUUAUGCCACACAGGAACUGCCGAUCUGUGGCGCAACUGUGGCUGAAACGGCCGAAAGCGAGGUCGCUCCAGUGCUGCUAUUGGUUGGAAAGUCCUCAAGUCAUGACGUCGUCAAAUUCUAUUCCCAAUCGGGACAAAGUCAUACAAGAAGUUGAUGCUGCGCCAUGAUACCAAGAUACCAAGAUACCAAGACGUGGACAAGAUGCGGCAUUUGCGUCGGCCCAGACCUGACAUAACUCUCAAAUGCCUGUGACCUGUCACAACGCCAACAUCAUAGAUUUCCAGCUGUUUCCAAGAAUUGCAAAGCUGUUCUCUAUUAAACCUUGUCUAUCGUUGUCCAUUUUUUCAUUGUCGUCGUCGCUCGUUUUAUGUCGACUUGCAUCUAGCUCGACAUUGACCUCGCGUCAAUUGCAGCUCAGAAUGUCGACAAAGGUUCAGAAUGAAAAGCCGCUGCAUGAACCAGGGCCGUCAUCAGUUCAGGCAAGCCAUGACAUCCUCUCUGACCAAGAAAAAAAGGUCAAUGACUCGUUAUUGUCACCUCCAAACCCCGAUCCUAGUGGUGUUGACACGGCUUCCAACAUAACGACAUUGACUACGACUCCGCUCGUCCCAGAAACUGAAACCAGUCUCACUCGCUUCAAUUCGGUCACGGCACGGGACGGUCGUCAUCUUCAGGGCCCACCAGAACUGCCCUUCAACCUCAGACACCAUAAACGAGCUCUUUUUAUAUUUACCUUUUUAUGUCUGGCUGAGUGUUGUUUUGUGCCGAUUGCCUUCUACUACGGUUUUAGUCAAGGAACCAAUGUCAGAUCGGGUAUUUAUUUCGCCAUCAUCACCAGUUUGUUUGGUUUCGUCAGCGGUUACGAGGUCGGCAUCAGAGGUUGGCGCCUGGUACAAAAGUCCGACGAAUUUCGACCACUUUAUGGCGCUGCCCGAUGGGGAUUCGACAGUGCACAACACGUCAUGGCAAUGCCACUCACCGUCAUGACCAUUAUCCUCAUCAUCUUCAGCAUUCCACACUACCCCAAUGUCAAAGCCCUGGCUCUACCAAUGCCGGUCGGCAUGAUUAAUUUUGGCGCCAUCUUUCUCAUCAAUGGGGUGGCUGCCCAACGAGGUUGGAGACUAAUGAGAUUCAGAAUCAGCUCUCACGUCAAGAACUCGAUAUGUCCCCCAUUGACGUUUUCCAUGAUGGAAGACAUCUGUGCUGUUGACGGCAGGGGAGGCAAACGCUAUCGACAAGCAGCCAUGGCAAGAUACAAUGCAUCGCCAAGGUUCAGAGCAUUGAUGUUGCAACUGCUGUGGUUCUGGUCCAUUUCAGCCAUCGUUGUCGGAGCUGCAAUUAUCGCGGCGAUCUGGCUGACUACCGAUGAUAUCGCCUAUGGAGUCGGUUGGGGUGCACCAAAUGUUUGGGCUGGCAUUUGGAUUUGGAUCACUGUGCUCUGGGUCCAGAGAUCGCUGAGGAUCGAGAAAGAGACCUGGUUGUCUGACCGAUCGCGACCAGUCUGACGUAUCCAACGUUUACCAUAUCAUAGAAAUCAAUCAGUUCUAGGUCUAGGUUUUUGCACCUUCAUUGCUCGCCUUUGCUGAAGACGACCCUCUUCGCGUGUCGACCUGUUGGAUCCAUUCCAAUGCCCUCUUGAUGUACUUGUCCUCUUUGGUUUCCUCGUCCGAGUCGGAGGGCACAACCAGUUCCACAACUUGAAUUGUGACAGCUCGAGCUUCGCCAGCCUUUUUCAAACACAGCUCGAGAUCGCCUAGGUACAUUCCUUCUGCUGACUCGUCAAUCAACUCGGAUAUCUGGCGGGUUUGCGUCAUGAUUGUCCCCAGCUGAGUAACCUUUUCUGCCGACAAUCUUGGCGAGGGUCUGGAAUUUUCUAAUCUCUGUUUGAUCACCACGUGGAUGCUCUGUGGGAUGCGGCUAAGGACUUUCAACGCUUGGUCCUUGACGCCAGCAGAAAUAGCAGCUCUGUCGUUCUCGUCACUCUUCUCCUCCGAAUCUGGGGGGGUGUCAUCGUCACUAAAGUCUUGCCCAAAGGGAUCAUCCUGGUCGAACUCCUCUUCGGGGUCCCAUUCUUCCAACUCUUUGACCGCGUCCUUCAUCAAUUCAAGCCACUGUUUGGUCUUGCGCACAACGUAGCCUGGAACAUCCUCAGCAGCCAAAGCGUUCAGCUUGUCACAGGAAUCCCACACUCGACCUGUCGCCUCUGUAAAGCUCUUCUUCUCGCUUUCUGACACCUCCGUCUUCGGGUCCUUGUUUUGGCCACGCUUGUCAACCAGACGCAAGAGUCCUUGCAAUUCCUUCAGAGCAGCUGAAGCACUGUAACGACAGUCGGAAGAGUAGGCCAGAGUAAAUGUUCGAGGUGUGAUCAGAAGCGCCGCAGUCACCAAUGAUGUCAGGAUGGAUUCGUUCAAAGGGAGGAUGCAGGUGAUGAGGGCGGAAGGAGUGAACGGGGUUGUAAUUGCAAGCAGUGAAAUCUUGGUGACUUGUGCGCGGAGAGCCGUAGCCGCGGCUGUUAACAAGGGUAGUGGAGAAGGGGCCUCUGGGACUUCAGCGGGCGAAUCAGCCAGGCCAUCAGGGCUGAGAGACGAAAUGAAGCGUUCGCAAAGCGUAAGAGAAGUGGACAGGACAGAGUCAAGACUCGACGUUGGUGAUGCUGCCAUCGUUCUUAGGGUGUGUUUGCGAGGCUGGAAGAAAACACUAGAUUGCCUUGAUUGCCUGGAUGAGAUGACAUAUGGCUCAACUUCGACCGUAGACUGCAGCCAGACCCAUUGAUGGUAAAUUGUUGUUCUACUGUACUGUCUGCCACCGAAGUCAAGGCGAUGACAAUAUUUUGAUGCAAAAUGCGGGGAGAAGAAAUUCCGCUCCGGGAAAACCUCGGAGUUUCUUUUUUCCUUUAGCAUCCAAAUAUGGACUGACAGCCUUGUGCAAAGUUCCCCUCUUCAAUACAUGUUCAUUCUCUCCUUGUCUAUAAGCAUGCUGUUGUGCUACCUCUCCCUCAUCUUUGAUCUCUAGUCUAGAACCUCUUCCUGUUCUCACUCCAUCAAAUAUGAUUGUGCCUGUCUCAAAUACUAUCAAAGUUCAAACUUGAAGCAAGAUUUCGACGAUAGGGGCUAACGCUCGACUAACGAUUCCACCUCAUGGAGGAUUUGGUCUCUUUUCUUUUAUCGGCUAGACCUCCCCAGAUCAAGGUGGUAUCGGAUUGUCCGUACGAAGCAGGUCAAUUUCUCAAGCCAAGACAUAUUACACCAUUCGGAGCCAAGAAGUCGUAUAUGUGAUGAUCAGGCUUCUUCUGUUUGCCAUCAGAGUCUGGUUGGCUAUCCUGCAGCUCAAAUCCAGUCAUCACUCCAUACAUCAAGCUCAACUACUUGGUGAGGCAUCUGGCGGCUUUGUCUCGUGUUAGUAUUGGGGACGAAUGACUUACUUUCAGCAAGGAUAUGCCGAGACUUCCUGCUACUGGGGGUAUGGACUGUGAACAACGAACCUCCCUUCUCCUGGAGUCUAGGGCUGUGCCAGAUCGUAUUCGGUUUGUGGAUUUUGACCAUACUCCCUACUGCUAAUGCCCCUGGCCUUUUUAUGCUGGUAAACCUGCUUUGUAAGUAUCAAGCACCAAACUACUCAAGUACUCGUGUGACCACAUGGCAGCUUCCCUGCGACUGCGCACCUAUCACCCGUUCAAUAACUUCCGUGAUACGAUACUGCUACUGAUGCUCGAGAAAGUCUUGAAUUUACUACUGCAUCACGCCAUUAAUCCCGAGACGGUGGAAUCCGUAGCUUGACUUUGGGUACAAUCGAAGUUGCUCACGAACACGCAUCUGGAUUAUUUGGAACUUGGUUCAUCAAUCGGUCGAAUAUCAAAUACCAGUAAAUGUACACGGCGUCUCCACUCAACAUUCAUGCACGUACCAGAUCUGAAAACUUGAAGGGAGAUGUAAACCAUCCAAAGUACCUUGUAGUCAGAACGUAACGCUCCACUACAGAAAUCCAGAUAUUCGCCGAUCAGAUAUGGAGCAUCCAUGGAGUCACAGCAGCGCCCUUUCGCG